GAGUUCGUGAGCGCGACCGGCACUUGCACGGCGACGUAGCGCCAGUCGGGCCCUUGCCGAGUGCGGUUGCGCUUUCUCCCCCCGCUGCGAGGCGAGCAUCCACGCGGACAGAGCGACGCACCUCGGGUUUACCCACUGCGCGUGGCGGAUCGCCGGUCUUACCCGAGUGGAUCAUCGUCAGGGAGGCCACGCGGACUGUGAAUGGGCUGCGACUCCAUGCGGCUAAGAACGACAUGGAUUGGCGUCAGCUGACAUUGGCACUUCUAUUGGUCUUGUGCGCUCUGGACCUGAAAGCAGAAAUCCUCAAGGGGUAUCCUUGCAUCCGAAGGCUCAACCAGCUGUACUGUCCAACACCCGGCAACAGUUAUCCAAAGGAGCGCAUCGACAUGUUCAUCGACGAGAACAAGGCUCUGAUACGGCGCAUGUUCGGCGAGUACUCGUCGCCCGACGAGGACGGUGGCCACCGGGACCACUACGAGACGUACGACGGCAAGACCAUCCACACCAGGACGGAGAGGUCCCGCUCCUCAUUCGCCGGUGCCUCGUCCAACAAAGUGGAUGCCUGCGAGUCGGCUGUGGAGAUCGUCACACCGUACUGGGCAUCGAACAGCGCUGGCAAGAUUCGGGCCAUUGUCAACACCCAGCACUUGCAACAGGCAAUACAGCAAGAAGUCUGCCAGUCCGUGCAGACCAAGAAGUGCAACAACGACUGCAGCUGCGAGCAGAAGUACAAGUGGCAUAGGCUCCUGGCUUACGACCCGGACGACGAUUGCAAAGGAAUCUUCAUGGACUGGUUCCUGUUUCCCUCGUGUUGUGUGUGCCGGUGUGCAAACCCCAUAAAAAAGUGACGCAUAAUGAUCCUCGUGACGUGGCUGCUCCACCGGAUAGCGCUUGAAAGUAACGAACGUCACGCUAAAGUAAAUGUGGUAUGCUGCUCCGAAAACCUGACGCUGAUCGCAAAUCACACCAGUAACAUAGGACGGAAAUAGAGGAAGCAGCGAAGAACGGUGACUGACAAAAAAACUGUGCGACGCAUUGCUACCCAGACAGCUGUGGUGAUGUGAGCCUUUUGGGACGAGCGGCCAAAACAGCACAGGACGUGAGACACCAACCACAAAACAAAUUGUGCGUGCGCGUUCGAUGACUGGACAGCGUGUGUAUACUGGACUGGAAGACGCGGAAAUGGCGCGGGCCGAGCCUCCGCGUGCGUCGUCGGCGUGGCCGUCCUACCGUGAAGCGGUGUGCGCGUGUGUGUGGUGUGUGUGCGUGUGUGCGCGUCAAGCGACUGUGGCCGUUUGACGGCGACCAUGGCUGUUGUGUGCACGCACUCAGCAGCUGGUGCUCAGAGAACUGACUGUUUAAGAAAGACGCGGGCAAAUAGAAGUAUUACACCCGCGUAACUUGUUUGAGAAAGCAGGGACUGUCCGUUCCUGAAGGUCGAUAGAGCGGGGAGCUCUUUCAUCCUUGUAAUUUUCCAGUAGGGAGCAUGCAGAUAUUAUAUCUAUGCUUAAGUGUGGCGUGCAUGGUCAUGAUGAGGAAUCAGCUUGAGAAAAAGUGAACGUUAAAUCGUUAUUCCAGGCCGGCACAAACGGGGGAAUAACAGAACGAAAGAUCAUACUAUAAUUUAAAGAGUGAUAAGCAGGUCGACGAACCAUUAAGUUAUACGGUUAUCUGAAGGAAGAAAAUGCUUAGGGAGAGAAAGGGUUAGAUGGGAAUUCAGAGCUGGCUGGGAAGACUUAAUAAAGACUAUGCAGUUGCAUGCUGCAGAAUAUAAUCCCGGUUAUUUUUUCAACUUCUCUGUUACACCAGUAGCUUUACGCAGAAGCCACCAAGGCGAUUAACUGUCCCUCGCACAAAUCGCAUAAAACCUUUCUCGUUGUGUGCCAUUAGUUCGGUAAUGAGCAGGCAAAAUCAGCAGCUUCGCUUUGUUUCUGUUUUGUUUUUCUGUUUUUCUUCUCUAAGUUAUUGAUAAUUGCUUUUGAGGACUGCACGAAUCGCGGUCGGAGAACGCGCUUGGGGAACACAGUCGUGGCACGAUGACAUGAGCAAAUGUUGGUUGUCGUAUACGACGUGCAAAUAUUCCUUCUGGGCAACUGCCAACGAAAGCGGCUAUUUACUGUUCAUGAACAGUGGUCGGAAUACUUUUUUUAUAUAUAUGCCACGCACAAUGAACGGCAGCAAGUUGCUAUAUUAAUUAGAAAAGCUAUCUUUAGCACGCUGCCCGUUAGGAAUGAGCGAUCCCAAUUGCACAGCGCAGCAUGUGAAAUUUCAUUCAUGCAAUCUGUGUUCGAUUUAUUUUAACUCGUUCUUUUGCUAUAGUUCAUGUGUUCUGUGUUUUGAGCAAAGACUGGGAUAUCAUGGAGCUUAGUGGCAUGUUCUGUUUUACGAAAACGUGAAUAGAAAAUUAAUAAAAAGAAAUACCAGGCAUUUUGCCCUCUUCCCUCCGCAUCUAGGAGGGGCCGAGUCCACGGCCGCUUGCAAGCGCCUUCUGUAUCGCAGUGGUUAGAGAUGCGCAAGUGUGGUUGGCCGUGUCUCUUAUUGUCUUUGCUAACUGAAUCAUCUGACGUUUUGGCAAGGAACGAGUGCAUUGCGAUCAAACUACGAUAAUAACUAUACCUAAGAAUUAUUUCGCUUUAUGUUGCUGUAUAAAAAGUGAGCGGGAGUAAGAAAAUAAAUAAAAUAUAUGAAAGCGUAAAA